AUGGCGACGGACUUCAGUAAACUAAAAGAUCUCAAUCUUUCACAAGAGGAGAUUGGAAGUUUCUCCAAGGCGUUUAAAGACGAAGAAUUUCGUAAGCUGUUCCGUGAGUAUGCCGAGGAAAUAUCCGAUCCGGUAAAUCGACAGAAAUAUGAGGAAGAACUUGCACAAAUGGAGCGCGACCGCGGAAUGGACGUCCAGUUCAUUCACCCCACACCUGGUUACGUUAUGAAAACUAGCAUCGACGGCGAAAAAAAAGCUUUCAUUAAUAUCUGCACCAGUGAUCUUGUCGGGAAACCAUCCUCUAGUCCAGGAACUGAUAAGAGCAAACCCGGUGGCAUGAAGAGCGGAGUGCAAUGGUCUAUCCCAUACAGCCUCGCCCCACCUCGUGAGGAUCUGGAUAAAACGGGCAACAGAUGCAUGGUGUAUGACUGUGUGUUUCACCCAGAUACCCUACAAAUAGCAGAAAGAAAUCAACGGUUUCGAACUAUGAUCAACGACACUGCCAUGGACGGAAUUGAGACCAACUUCAAAGUGAAACUUGAUAGAACAAACCUCAGGUGUCCAAAAAUGCAGUAUAAAGGGAAACCUACGGCUAGUGUAAUUCGCACCCCUCGAAAAGAAGGAGCAACAGGCGUGGAAGAUGGAUUCAAAAGUUUUGAUGUGCCAUACCCUUAUAACGAGCCCAGUCGUGAAGAUAUGCCACCAAAGAGUAACACCACAAUCUCAGGUAAUAGGAAAGGUGCAAACGAGAGCAAUGCAAGUGCACCAACAGUUCCCAAACACACUAUUGUUCACAGAGGUCAUUUUGACAUUCAGAACUUCAGAGAUGCUCCUGACGCUGCUCCAACGACCAGACCGCAAGAAUUGGUUAUAACUGUUCAGUUACCAUUACUGAAAUCAGCAAAAACUCUCAAUUUGGACAUAUAUGAAAGGCAACUUUGCUUGGAAUCUAGUAAACCAGCUGCAUAUAAAUUAGACAUUAAACUACCAUACCCCGUUGAUGAAAAUCGGGGUAGUGCAAAAUUCGACAAAAGCAAGAGAUGUCUGACAGUGACAAUACCAGUGUUGGCCCCAAAAAUACCAGAUCUCCCAUCGUUUGUAGAAGGGCAUGAGAAACAACUUGUUGAGGAGUUGCAUGAUGAAGAAAAGAACACACAGGAGACGGUUGCAGAGAAAAAGGAGGAGGAGGUGGUGGUGAAGGAGGAAGCAAAAUUAGAUGACACAGAAAUGGAUCUUAUGGUAGCAGAUGCUGUUGAGCGCGAAACAGAAAAAAAUGAAAACAUACAGCAAGUCCCAGCGUUAACUAAGAACACAGACAAAAAGAGUGAGACGAUAGAUACAAGUGUACAACAGGUUGAAUCAGGGAGCAUUGAUUCAGAUGAACUGUCAGAAAAAGAAGAGUUUCAACAUGAAGCAGAAACUAAUAACAUGGCAACAGUGCUAGAACCACCAGUCUAUCUCAUGCCAGAUUAUUCUUACCGUCAAGACUCUGAGACCAUUACAUUUGUUUUACAUGUUCCCUGUGUGAAAGCAGACAGUGUAAAAAAACAACUUGUAUGCGGUCUGUCUGGUCUUCAUGUUACCAUGGAAACCAAACCAGAGAAUAACAAUCAGGAAGUCAGAAAUUAUUCUUUUUAUGCCCAAUUUCUACCAAGUUUCAGCAUAUCACCUGACAUCAUCUGUGACAUUUUCAAUGACAAGAUAAUUCUUUUACUGAAGAAGAUGACAGAGAAAGGUAGCUGGAAAACAUUCCGCGUUGGAAAGGAUGAACACUGUCUCAAGGUAUGUAGCUCUUCUUCUUUUUGUUUGUACAAAAUGUGA